UACAAGCCCGGAGCUUUAAACGCGCGCGUCGGUGCUGCAGCUGUACACAGCGCCAUGGACCACCGCAUCCGCCCCUGCCGCGCAGCCCUGCUCCCCAAUGGCCUCCUCCUGCUGCUGCUAAUGCUUCUCGCGGACCCGGUGCUCCCGGCCCGGAGACAUCCCCCCGUGGUGCUCGUGCCUGGUGAUUUGGGCAAUCAGCUGGAAGCAAAGCUGGACAAGCCAAAGGUUGUGCACUACCUUUGCUCCAAGAAGACGGACAGUUACUUCACACUCUGGCUGAACCUUGAACUGCUGUUGCCCGUCAUCAUUGACUGCUGGAUCGACAAUAUCAGGCUGGUUUAUAACCGAACAUCUCGGAGAACUGAGUUCCCUGAUGGUGUAGAUGUGCGUGUCCCUGGCUUUGGGAAGACCUUCUCAUUGGAGUUCCUGGACCCCAGCAAAAGCAGUGUUGGUUCCUAUUUCCACACCAUGGUGGAGAGCCUUGUAGACUGGGGUUACACACAGGGUGAAGAUGUCCGAGGGGCCCCCUAUGACUGGCGCCGAGCCCCAAAUGAAAAUGGGCCCUACUUCCUGGCCCUCCGCGAGAUGAUCGAGGAGAUGUACCAGCUGUAUGGGGGCCCUGUGGUGCUGCUUGCCCACAGCAUGGGCAACAUGUACAUGCUCUACUUCCUGCAGCGGCAACCCCAGGCCUGGAAGGACAAAUACAUCCAUGCCUUCGUGUCAUUGGGCGCACCCUGGGGGGGUGUGGCCAAGACCCUGCGUGUCCUGGCCUCAGGAGAUAACAACAGAAUCCCUGUCAUUGGGCCACUGAAGAUCCGGGAGCAACAGCGGUCUGCUGUCUCCACCAGUUGGCUGUUGCCCUACAACUACACCUGGUCACCUGAGAAGGUGUUUGUGCACACACCCACAACCAACUAUACACUGCGGGACUACCACCGGUUCUUCCAGGACAUUGGCUUUGAAGAUGGCUGGCUCAUGCGGCAGGACACUGAAGGGCUGGUUGAAGCCAUGGUGCCACCUGGUGUGCAGAUGCAUUGCCUCUAUGGGACCGGUGUCCCCACACCAGAGUCUUUCUACUAUGAGAACUUCCCCGACCGGGAUCCUAAAAUUUGCUUUGGCAAUGGCGAUGGGACUGUGAACUUGGAGAGUUCCCUACAGUGUCGAUAUUGGCAGGAUCAGCAGGAACAUCAGGUGUCAUUGCAGGAGCUGCCUGGCAGUGAGCACAUUGAGAUGUUAGCCAAUACUACCACCCUGGCCUACUUGAAACGUGUGCUCCUUGGGCCCUGAUUCCUGCACCAGGCUCAGUUGCUGGAUGGCUCAGCCAUGGGGCUUCUCUUGGCCUACAAACUUAGCAGAGUUUGUGACUGACCAUUCAGAGUCCUGGGUCUUAGACUGUGACGUGUCUGGGGAGGGGGGGUAAGUGCUGUUUCUUAUCUUUCUGUGGCAGGGGGAAGGAAGAAAAGCAUGUGGACUCAAGGGAUCCUUGAUGGAAAGAAUACUGCCCGCGGUGAAAUUGCUGUGACUUCACACCGGCUCUGCAGGGUGGAUUGGGUGGCUCCUCACCCUGUUCCUCAACAUGGGGAACAUGCAGUCCUGCCAGCCCAUGGCCUUUGUCCACUUAUCCACUGGACCCUGGCCUUCCUGUGAGGGUUAUUUUUGAGCUGUGGUCCUUGCUUGUGAAGGUCUCAGGUGAUUCUUCCCAUAUUCUGGCUUCUGGUGUACCACUGGUUGUGGGUAGCAGGAGCUGCUGGCUUUCCCGUGGCCUCUCCUCUGGACAGCCUCGUACCCCCCUGCAGGCAGGGGCAGUUUGGAGGUUUUCUCCGUGGUUCCCAGGUCUUGGGACAUUCACUCCACUCCUACCUCUCACCUCCAGGAACAGCCUGCUUAUGGAAUGGGCAGUAGUUCUGGGGGCUGUGUCUCAGGAGUCUUGAUCUCCUUGGUUGUGUUAUGGAUUCCAGUAUUAAAGCUGCCUCCUAUGGCUCUGGCUCUGGGGUCCAAGGACAGCAGGACUCAGUGCUUUAGUCUUCUAGGUGCCUGUGAAGAAAGAGAACUCAAGAAGCAACCAUGGCUGCUCAGAGCUAUCCUGAGCCGUCUGCUUGCAAGCCACACCACCCUGCUGAUCUCUGCCCUAGUCUUUCUAGUGCCCAGCUGGGCUGGCACAGGACUAAGAGAUGAUGGGACUCUUGCCAAGCACCUCCUUUCACUGAACGAUAUGUCAUCUGCAGGGAUUGGCCCAGACACAAUGGGCCCUGCAAGGGCCAGGAUCCUAGAGCUCAGGGAUGCUGCAUGGGUUCCCGGUGAGAGCAGCGAUAGAGGCUAGGCCUACCUUAAUGGCACUGGGCUCCAGGUGGGCACCUGCAAGCUUGGCAAAGUUUGCAACUGACUAUUCAGGCUUCUCUGUCUUAGGUUGUGAAGCAUCUGGGGCAGUUUCUUAUCCUUCCUUUAUGGCAGGGAAAAGAAAAAAAAAAACAGAUGAAUCAAAGGACCCUUGAUGGAAAGAAUGGUGCUAAUGGUGGAAUUGCUGUGACCUCAAACUUGGGUCCAACCUCCUUCAGAUUGGGGUUCCAGAGACACCUUGAGGCUGGACUCUGCCACUCUCCCACAACAUUUUUGUGGCACUGGAUCUCCUGUUGUGCACAUGCCCAACAUCUGUCUCCCUUGGUUCCUGCGUGGUGGGUCCCACAGGGGACUCUGAGCAGGCUGCACCUCAAUUCUGGCAAUAAAAGUAUUCUGAAUGCUGUAA